CUUAUGCAGUCCUCUGCCUCCUGCGUGGCUCCUGCUCCAGUUGCACAGAUGUCAGCGUCCUUCAUGCCCCUUGCUCCACUUGCGUCAGUCUCUGCCACCACCGAUGCCACUACAGAGGAGCCUGUAGAGCAACUGGCUGUAGAUGACCAUAACAUACCUGGGAUGGACCGUGUGGACAGCCUUGCUGAGUACCUAGUGGGUCUUCGCAGUGAAACAAGUCUGAUAAUAACCAACCAACAGGCUAGUACCAUUAUAGGCCUUUGGCAAAAUUUGCUACCAUAUGACCAGCAGCGUGUAGCUUUUGCUGCUCGUUAUCAGGACCGGCUCACCACAGGCAGGUUCAGGUCACCAAAGAAAAAAAGAGAGUUUACCCCUGGUGUGGAGAGCCUAAAACGCUGCAUUCUGAGCUCCUCUGGUUCUCCUGCCCAGUGGCCAGACUGUUGCCGUCUGUUGGAAGCCAUUUUUGUCAAGCUCUGUGGAAUACACAGGAGCCCAAAAAAACAAGGGCAGGUGACUUUGUCAAGGUGGGCUUUGAUUCUAAAAGACUACAGCAAAAUCCGACAGCUUAUCCUGGGUAAUGGUGCUGUUAUGCAAAGCACCACUCUUCAGCUAGUGGAAGUCAACUCAACCACCCUGAACCAAUGGUACAACAAACGAGUCAAGAAACAGGAUGUUCAGUUAGUGCUGCAAGGGAUAAACCUGCCAUCUUCUGUCCCUGUUGCCACUGAGCCUCUUCAGCCUGCAAAUCUUCGCCCUGCUGUUGCUCCUCCACCACCAGGUGUUCAACAUGUGUACCACUUGCCACAAAGCACAGUAGGGCAGGCAAAGUGUAAAAAACGAGCUGCAUCAACAGAUGACCACUUCUUACCACCUUCUGCACGUCAGAAGAUGUGUGCUCAGAGGAAACUUUUUCCAAAGCCUUCAACUGUCCCGUCUUCUCAAACAUUUUCUCUGCAAACCACUACAACUUUAAGUCAGCCAGCAGUGAUAUUUAAGCCUUCCCCUCCUUUGUCUUCCAUUUUUACCAUACCUGUAUCCUUCCCUGUCUCGUCUGUGAGUACUGUUGCCCAGACAACAGCUACAACAGCUUCAUCGGUUGCACCAACCCCAUCCAUGUGUACUACAAAGAAAUCCACAUCCAAGGCCAGGUUUAAUAAAAGGAGAGUGGAGGCAAACUCCUGUCGCAAGUGUGGGCAGUUCAGAACUGAGACAACAGGGCACAGUCAGUAUAAAGGGAAAAUAUAUUGCCCUAAUACAGAGACAAUGUCUCGGGAAAAGUGGCUUGAGGAGACAAAAAAGAGAAAAGCUGACCAUACCUAAACACUGUACAUUUAACUGUAUUU